AUGAGUGCGAGUCAAGUUAGAGUUGCAGUACGGGCGGGAAGGGAUGAAGCCGAAGUGUAUGGGAUGGAAUGGAAUGGUAUGUGCGAGGGAGUCCAAGAAGAAAUGAGUCGAGCGGUGCAGUUGAAGGAAAAAGAUCCGAGCAAAUGCGCGAUCUCGGCCGGAUGA